GAGGAAGGCGUUGCAGUGGCCGAGCUGGAAAAGAGGAGUAAGAUGGCGGAGCUGGAGGACGUCUCGUUGGACGGGAAGCCGCUUCACUCGCUGCGGGUUGCGGACCUCAGGGCCGCCCUGGAGCAGCGAGGGCUCCCGAAGAGCGGCCAGAAGAACGCGCUCGUCAAGCGGCUCAAGGGGGCGCUCAUGUUGGAGAAUCUGCAGAAGCACUCAACCCCUCACUCUGGUUUGCAGCCCAACUCGCAGAUCGGCGAGGAGAUGAGUCAGAACAGCUUCAUCAAGCAGUACCUGGCCAAACAGCAGGAGCUCCUGAGGCAGCGGCUGGAAAGGAAGGCGCGGGAGGCGGCCGAGGCUGAGGAGACGGACAGCACUUCCGUACAGGAAGAAGAGUCGCCUCAGGAGGAUAAGUCAGAGGGCUACGACAGCGUAUCCUGUCAAGCAGACCAGGAGGAAAGCCUCGCUGCCUCCCUCCCUAAAUGCAAGGCAGUGCCAGCCAGGGCUUCCUCUUCCCCUCAGUCCCAGCGCCGCUCCAGUACCAGAACGGUCAGACAGAGCCCGGCCCGGCCACAACCAGCAGAAUUGGACAGCGAAAAUCUGCUGUGUCCUGUUACUGCUUAUUCCCCAGUCCCAGAACUGCAGACUGCAGAACCUGCCCGGACCAGACGGUCGAGGCACUCCAGAGACGACUUCUCCCUGGAUCCCAGCAGCUCCCCAGUCCCGGACAGGACUGCAGACGGAGCAGAGCAGUCUCCCAGAGAGUCCAGAGCAAGACGGUCAUCUUUUAGGGAGAGCAAGGACUCCUUGGCUGCUCCCAGCACUGUGUCGGUCGUGGCACCUCCACCACCAGCACAACAGACCGGUCAUGCUGAUCUGGUAGUCCGUGCUGAAGCCCAGUCGCCUGGCCCCAGAGCUGUGGCUUCGCUGUCUGUGCGGGUGGUAGGUGGAAGCACUAAAAUCAGUGGGAGCUCUGUUGUGAUGUCAGGUGUUAGUGGAGGAGUUGAUGGAGAAAUCAGAGGUGCUCCUCCCACUUACGUCAAACCCCAACAACAGGAGUCAGCUGAAAUGGGCAAAGAUGUCAUGUUGACUGAGGGAGCUAGCGGGGUAGAGGUGGUAGGAGGUGGGGAAGAGAAAGCGGCCCCCAAAGAAAGUCGCCUGGCCACGACCAUGAAAGACAACGACGACGAUGAAGAUAAAGGACGAGAUGAAGAGCUUAAUCUGACUUUGGAAAAGAGAAAAAGCAUGCCUGAAGUCGUGGCUGUGGGAAGCGUGCAAGGGUCAAUCCUGAAGCAUGCCUCUGUAGAAAAGACCAAGGCUAAAUUAGAUCUGUCUGCAGGUAGCUCGCUAAUGUUGGCAAAAGCCGAAGAAGACCCAGAAGCUCCCAGAGGAAGGCCUAGAGAGGUCCUGGGAAAGGGAGGGAUCAUGGAAACUGGUUUUACAGAGACCCUAGAAAAGUCUAAGGCAAAGGAAUCUUCCGGGGCACCACUGAAAGUGGAAGAGGCACAGAAAACACUGGAAAUGCUUGGUAAACCUGCCGAGGUCUCCAAACCAGUAGCUUCAGAAAUUUUAGGAUUGGGGCAGACCAGCAGGUCUACUGAGAGGAAAGAGGGUGAACUUCCCGAAAAAGCAAAACUCAUUUCAAUAACAAGUCCAGAAGGGCAUUGGAAGAGUUCUCCAGCAGUAUUGAGAGCGGUUGGAGGGAGCGUACCAAUGAGCGUCGAACCGAAACUGGCUUUAGAGAUGUCAAAAGAGGUUGAUUCUGUGACCGAUAAUAAACCAGUUCAGGAUUCUACAGCUGCACCAGUGGAGAAAACAGUUGCUGAGACAUUUGUGAGCGCCACGAAACAGAGAGAGACUGAAAAAAAUGAAAAAGCAGACGCUGUUUUGCUACAUUAUUCUUCAGCAUCUGUGGAACAGGCAGCACAGAUUGAUAAGCCUGAAGAGGGUGCCUCAGAAAAGAUCACCAAGCAGGCCACUAGAGAAAAAGAAAUAGAGAUUGACAAACGUAAAGAUCCCAAAGAGGUUUCUACAGCAAAGACAACAGACAAACAGGAGCUGGACACGCAGGCAUUCAAGCCUAAAGAGGUUUCUGGAGAGAGUAGCCAGGCGUCCGAGAAAGGUGCAGUCAAACAACGUAAAGAAGUUCCUGCUGUGCCGGAAAACCUCCCUUUCAAUCUGAAACUGCAGACAGCAAUGCCGCAGAAAGACCCUGCAAUUCCUAAACAGGGUCCUCACAAAGGCGCUGCUUCCGAAGAAGCUGAAGCAACAGUAAAAGUUACAACUGAAGAGGUGUUUCAGCCGGGUAAAACGGAGGGCGUCCAGAUUCUCAAACUGGACAGGGUCCUGCAGCCUGAAAAGGGAGUCGGGGAGAUGACAGGAGUGCCAGAGCAGGCCAGGGCUAUCCAGAGCCACCUUCCGUUGUCAAAACGGGGCAGGGAUUUGGGCACAUCGGAUAAGAAACAAGAGGAGACCGACAUCAAAAUGCCUGCCACUGAAAUGGAGAGUUCUCUAAAAGCAGCGCAUCCUGAAAAGCUAGCAGGGGGGGAGGACAGUUCAAAGAUUUCUCAAACUCCACUUAAGGAAGUCCCAGCGCUACACAAACUGGCACAAGAGACUUGUAGAUUCUCUGAAAACCUGACUGUGGGGAGCCCGGCUCCUGAACCCGAAUCUGUGGAGGUUACAGCAGAAGUUUUAUCACAAAAGCAAAAGGAGACUUUGGUUAUUCCCACACAGACUCCACUGACACUACAGGUUCAAUCCUCUCCCAAGAAUUUCAGAGUCUUUCGAGACACCCCUCCUUCUCCAGAGGCUGGGGCACCACCCAAAAAGAUACAGGUCUUCGAGGAUGGGCUGCCGGCUCCGGAGCACCCCAAGAAAAGCUUUCAGACCUGUGGGUUCGCCGAAAGAAGCAUCCCUGAACCAAAACCUGAGAAAGCACCUCUGGUGCAGCAGGAGACGGAGAGGCUGGCUAGCCUGGAACAAGCUUCAGAGGCUGGGCAGUUGCCAAAGGAGUCUGGGUACGCUACUUCCAGAGAGGAAGGACCGAGAGAUGCCACAAAGGUUACGGAAACGUGGAAGGAAGGGGAGGUGAGCACGACUGCAGAAAUGAGCCCUUCAGACCCCAAACCAGGGUCAGAAAGCGUGUCCCUCAAACCAGUAGGCCCCCCAGCGCCAGUGGAGAAAGAAGGGCCGAAGCCAGAAGAGCAGAAUUCACAUGCUGUUGCCAAAAAGCCUGAAAAGAAAAGGGAGAAGACCCCGGCACCUGAAAACGAACCUCCGAAAAAAGCAGGAGGAGUUUCCCCUGAGACGGAAAAGGAGAGCGGCCCUCUCAAAAGAAAAGUAGGUGAGAGCUCCACCCUGGACAAAGACCCCCCCAAGCCAGCAGAAAAAGCAGCAGAAACUUGCAGCAGGCAGCAGGCACAUAAAGAGAUGCCUGAAAAACAGGAAGAGAAGACCCCCAUGGCAGCUUCAGGGAAACAGGCAGAAGCCGCUAAAUCAUCAACCUCCGAGACACCCAGGAAGCCAGAAGAAAAGCUCGCGGCAGAGACGCCCAAAUCUCCAGAGGGGCGGCUGAUGAAAGCUGUGAAGGAGUUGGAGAAGGAGCCGAUGGGCCCCGUCCUGCCACCCUCUCCUCCCCCCGAGGAAACGGAGAGCGGCCACCCGCCGACACCACCCCUCUCAGCCCCUGACACGGACAGGGAGAGAGGGAGGCGGAGCAGGGAGGGCGCCUCUCCUUCCUCUUCAUCAUCAUCAUCAUCAUCAUCAUCAUCUUCCUCCUCAAACUCCUCGUCUUCGGCCUCUUCCUCCCGUUCGUCGUCGUCUUCCAGGUCGAGGUCCCCCUCAAGUGACAGGAGGUCUGUAAGCCCCCAGCAUGACUCUCUGUCCAGAGACAGCGGUGCUUUCUGCCAGCCUGAGGGGUCCCCCGAUUCAGGACGCCCCGACGACCCCCCCGCACCCCGACACCACGAGCGGCGCAAGAGACGAGCGGAGAGAGAGAAUGAAAGAGAGGAGGAGGAAGGGGAGCAUGAGGAGAGAGCCGGGACCAGCCAAAGCAAGAAGCCUUGCUUGACAGCGGAGAGAAGGGGCAUUGCGGAUGAAAAGGAAUGGAGAAGAGCUGGGGAAGGAGAGAGCAGGGCUAAACACACAGCUAGUGAGCUGAAGCAGGACCACGUGCCUGCUGUGAUGGAGUCAGAGAGACGCGCCGAGGCAGAAGUCUCUGCAGGUGGCCAGUCUGAGAGCCAUUCUGAGCACAGGGAUGAAAGGGGGAACAAGGGCCGAGCAGAGGAGGGCAUGCAACCCAAAACAUUUACAUCCAGGAAGAUCUCGGUCUUGUCAGCCAAUAAGUUUCUUCCUGCAGUUUCCACCAGCGAGCCAGCAGGGGGCAGUGCAGCAGCAGCAGUCCCAGCUGAGGGAGCAGGUGGAGGGGAAGCAGACGGGAGCCAGAUAGGAAGGAAGAGGCGCUGGGGUUCCAGCACCGCUGGCACUGCCAAGAAACCUUCCAUCAGCAUCACAACAGAAUCGCUCAAGAGCCUGAUUCCUGAUAUGAAGCCAGUGUCUGUGGCAGGCCAGGAGGCCGUCUUGGAUCUGCACCCUGACGAAGGGCGCCUGUCUGGGGAGGAGAAUGAGAGGGGAGAGGGUAGAGAGGAACCCGGGCAGCAGGACAGGGGACUCAAAAUCUGCAGGACUGUCACACAGGUGGUACCUGCAGAAGCCCAGGAGAAUGGACAGAAGGAAACUCACAAGGAGGGAGGAAAGGAGCAUUCCAGGUGUGAGGGAGAGAGGCUGGAACCCCAGAGCAUAACCAUGGAGACUCAGCCGCCAGUCACCGGGGAAACUGACGUCAAGAAAGCAACACCUAGUGGCACUCUAGUGCGGCGCUCCAUCAACCAACAGAAGAGUGGGGUGUCUGUCACCAUCGACGACCCGGUCCGCACCACCCAGCACCCCUCCCCUCCCCGUGGCAAAACCACCAACAUCGUGCACGUCUCAAACCUGGUCAGACCAUUCACACUGGGCCAGUUGAAAGAGCUACUGAACAGAACCGGUACCCUGGUGGAUGAAGGAUUCUGGAUCGAUAAGAUAAAAUCUCACUGCUAUGUAACGUAUUCUUUGACGGAAGAGGCCGUGGCCACGAGGAAUGCGCUGCAUGGGGUCAAGUGGCCGCAGUCCAACCCCAAAUUCCUUUCGGUGGAAUUUUCAGAGCAAGAUGAGCUCAACUUCCACAAAGGCCUGGUGGCAGACCCCGGGCCAGCAGAGGGCCCCAGACAGUCGGACAAUUCUCUCCAUCGCUCUUCCAACGUUGCCCCCCCCUCCUCCGGGCCCCCGCAGACUCACCCCUCGGAAAGGGCCGUGAGGGACCAGUGGGCGGAGAGGGAGCGGGAGAUGGAGAGGCGCGAGAGGACCAGGGCGGAGAGGGAGUGGGACAGGGACAAGGUGCGGGAUUACAACAGCAAGCACCAUGGGGGCGCUAGGGGGCCACACGCAGGAUCCGAGGGGCCAGGGAGAGUCGGCCACAGGUCCAGGUCUCGAUCCCGGGACAGGAGGCGCAAAGAGCGAGCCAAGUCCAAAGAGAAGACGGCAGACAAAGAAAAAGCCCCAGAGGAGCCUCCAGCUAAACUCCUGGACGACCUCUUCUGCAAAACCAAAGCGGCGCCCUGCAUCUACUGGCUCCCUCUAACAGACAAGCAGGUGGUGCUGAAAGAGGAGGAGCGUGCGGAAAGGAUGAAAGAGCGAAUCAAGCGCCGCAAAGAGCAGGAAGAGGAGGAGAAGAGGAGGGAUGAGGAGAGGAGGGAGAGGCUUAAGGAGCGAGAGAAAGAGGUGGCGGAGAGGGAGCGAGUGAGGGAGCUGGAGAAGAGGAGAGAACAAAGGAGAGGGGGAGUGGGAGGAGGAGGGGAGCGGGGUGGAGGGAGAGGGGGCAGCAACAAGGGAACACGAAGCCGGAGUCAGAGCACUCCACCGCCCAGAGACCGAAGGCGCUGAGCACCAAACGGCCAUCGAGCAACAUUUGACUUUAAGUAAGAGGGAGAUGAAAACUAAGGACCCAAAAUGUACAACAGUGUAGAGAGAGGAUUUUGGUUUGGGUAUUUAAUUGGGACAGAAAUAUGACCGCAAACGGCAACAGAGCUGUCUUUUAAACUAGGUGAUAAGGAUUUGUUUAAUUAUGCAAGCCUUGUAAAUUAGAGGGCAAGAGAGAAACGAGACGAAACAAAUAUAUAUUUUUGAAAAAUCUGCUAGCCAUCAAACAAAACCGUGACUUUUAAAAUCAGAGAAACAAGCUAUUUAAAUAGCAUGACCAUGAUUAAAUGAAAAUGUGAGUUUCUAAAAUGAUUUAAAAAUGCUGUUGAGCUCCUGGGCUAUGUUGGGGAGAGAAACCAGACAUGGCUUUAACAAAACAAAACCAUGACAAUAAAACAAACUAUUCAAAUUCAAACCAUAACUGUAUUCAGGUGUCUGUCUUUCUUUAAUUGAGUAAAAAGAAGAAACACCAGAACAGCAGCAAAACAAAGCGAUCUUCACUAAACAAAACAAGAUUAACGUCACCCUAAGUAAUCUAAAAUAUAGCUUUCUCAUCCAUCCCUGUCAUUUAAGAAAUAGUUGAAGUCUCUCUCCAAAUCUCUUGCUCCAUGUGUUUAUUUAAGGGAGUUUUCAGAAAAGAUGACAAACCUUCAAACUCUGCCAACCCCCUUCUGCUAUUCCUAGCCUUCCAUUGCAUUUAUUUAAAAUGAUCUGUAAUAUUUGAAGGAAUCUUUGCACAGAGCAUGUGUCACUAUAUAUCUAUCUUGUCAUUUUGGAAUCUAUCUUGCAUUAGGUAUAACAUGAUGCUUUAGUGAAAGGAUAUAUAUAUAUAUUGACAAUUCAGACAAUUAUGGGUUGUUUUAAAUAAGGGAUUUGUUUGUUUUUAGUUUGUAAUGUCUACAGACAACCCUUGAGAAUCGAAUAACUCGUUUUGUUUUUUUAAACCGCAUUAUCUUUGGUUUUGAUUUAAAGCUGUAGAAGUUUAAAUGUGUUUAAAAAAUAAAUAUAUAUAUAUAUAUAAAUAUAUAUAAAAUAAUCCUGAGGUUUUCCUUUUUUUACUAAAUGUUUAACCGAUACAAUACUGUAUUAUGAAGAUCUCUUAAUUUUAAUUUCAGUGUCCUCUUGUACAGUAUGAUCGUGAUAUACUGUGCUUUAAUACUGUGUUGAACAUCAAUUAAUGAAUGUGAAAUUUGAAAUAAAUACAAAAGUUAAAAUA